AACAGUAGGUAAAUAAACCACUAGGCAAUGCGUGUGUUUUCUCAUUGGGUAUUUCUCGAUGCGGUACGCAGCAUAACGACAGCACUGGGACAGCAUCGAGAUGUCGGCCGAAAGCGAAAACGGCAAAACCGCACAAUUAGAGAAGAAUGAAAAGGAUGUGAAAAAAGACGAUGGCAUCGAUAACGACAAGAAGAGCACGCCGACAAAGCCUGAAAAGGCUGAAGACACUAAGAAGGAUGAUGAUGCCAAGGAAGUUUCAAAAAGUGAAGACAAAAAAGAGAAUAAUAAAGAUAACUUAGCUGCAGAAAAAGAUGGAAAAGAUGAUAAAGAGAAGAAGGAAGUGAAAGAUGAUAAGAAAGAUAAAAAUAAAGAUAAAUCUGAUGCAGAGGAUAGUGAAAAAGAUGAAAAUGCUGAAGAUGAAGAGGAGGAAGAAGAGGACCAGGAGGAUGGACAAGAUGAUGAUGAAGAAGUUAAGAAAGGAAAGAAGAACAGCCCUAAAAAGAAAGGAGCAGUGAAAAAUUCUAAAGAUAGCAAAAAUGAUAAUGAUGAUGAAGAUGACGAAACCGGUCUUGAACUAGGCGAAAUUCCACGAAUCGACGCAUCAAUCUCACGAUUCAAAAAUGAUGACCUGAAAAUGCUGCACAAGUUGCUCUACAAAUCACCAAUAAAGACUCCUUUGUUAAAAAAGAACAUUAGGAAAUUCAGUGGCUUCAGUUUCAAGAAGUCGUCAGAUGAGUAUCAAAAGAAGUUGACCUCAAUCAGUUCAUUCGAACUGAAGCAGCUACGCGUGGUCUGCGAGAUGCUUGACCUGGAGAAAAAAGGUAGUCGCGAUGAACUGUCCGAACGUAUUCUCGAAUUUCUACUGGAACCGAAAGAUUCCGGUAAACCAGCAGAUGGCGGCCGGCCGCGUCGUUCCGCCGCCGUGAAAGCAAACAACCGCGGAUAUUCUGACGAAGAGUACUCGAGCGAUGAACGAUCGUCGCCGCGCGCUAAACGCAACGCUGGUCGUCGUACAAACCUGAAAGACGAAACAUCCACGGAGGAAAGCGAUGAAGAUUUCCAGCCGUCCGAUGAAUCGGAGGAAGAGAAGCCGCGCGCAAAGCGUGGACGCACCGGUCGCAGGAAAAAAGAUGACAGUGAAGAGGAGGAAGAAAGCGAAGGCGACAGCGACGAUAGCGACUAUAGUGACGAAGGGCCACGUGCUAAACAGCGCAAGGUAGCUAAUAAUAAAACAAAGGGACGAGGAGGCGCGACGCGUGGUCGUCGUGGACGUCCGGCAGCCUCACCGGCAAAACGCAAGGCACCUGCGAGACGGGGCCGCAAGAAGCAAGAAUCAUCCGAAGAUGAAGAGGAAAGCGAGGCGCAUGAGGAUGCAUCUUCCUCUGAGGAUGAACCACUGGCAAAGAAAUCAGCGAAGAAUCCAACGCCACCUACUGAUGAUGAAAUUAAGACGUACGUGAAGGAGAUCUUGGACGGUGCAAAUUUAGAAGAAAUCACAAUGAAGACUGUGUGCAAACAAGUCUACGCGCACUAUCCCGACUUCGAUCUCACCCACAAGAAGGAUUACAUCAAAAACACAGUGAAAUCGCUGAUAUCAACAUAAUUUCUCAUCACUUCAUCAAAGGCAACACACACAAAACGUUUCCGUUUACUCGUUCGUAUAUUUAAGUACAAAACCGUAACAAAAAGAAAAGAAAAAGAAGAGUUGGUAUUUUUCAUAAAUCGUUCUAGUACAUGCCACAAUUAUUCACCAGAUGUAAGACUACAAUUUCCCCAUGCAUCGUCUGAAUGUUUUUAGUUUCUUAAUAUUAUAUGUAAUAUUAUUUGGUUUUAUGAAAUAGAAACGAAAAUAUAUUUCACCGCA